AUGAUUCCGCUCGUGCUAAUUGUACACUUUUUGGGCGUUCUGGGUCAAGAGAUACCCAGCCCCAAAAACGAUGGUAAAAUAAUAGGAGGUAUUCCUACUGACGUUGUAGUGUACCCUUACCAGCUCUCCCUCGAAUACUUCGGUUUACAUACAUGCGGGGCCUCUUUAAUUUCCCCAUCGUGGGCGCUAACGGCAGCCCAUUGCCUGGAAAGCACCUUCACCCCACUGCUUUCGGUUCGAGCUGGAGCAACGGCUAAGGAAAAAGGAGGCGUAGUAAUUGGCAUUCGCAGCAAAUACAUCCACAAAAAAUACAAGAGCUCGACCAUAGACUAUGAUAUUGGUUUGUUGGAAUUAUCCGAAGAGGUGGAUCCAGAUUACGCAGAAGUCGUACCGCUACCUCCUAAAGGAGCCACUUUGAAUGAAGGCGAUUUGGGUACAGUAACUGGUUGGGGUUCGAUUAGGGAAGAUGGUGCCAUGGUGUCUAAACUAAGGGUGGUUGAAAUUCCCGUGAUCAGCCAAGUACAAUGCAAAAGGAUAAUGGGAAAACUUAUAACGGACAGGAUGUUUUGUGCUGGAUACCUUGAGGGCGGUAAGGAUACCUGUCAAGGCGAUUCGGGUGGGCCUUUUAUUGUUAACGGAAUGCAGAUGGGUAUCGUUUCUUGGGGCUUCGGCUGCGGAAAACCCAAGAAACCUGGAGUCUACACGAAUGUAGCGGUACUUAGGGAUUAUAUCGAGUCAAUAACCGGUUUUUAGUUCAUUUAUUUUUUAGUGCAAAACUGGAAAUUUUAUUAAAUUAUUCUUAGAUACGUU